UCAUGAAUCUAUACAGGAAAGCGCACACUAUGCUUUGCAUAAUCUAACAUAUCCAUCCACAUCGGAGAACGAAGCUUCGUAGCGUCAAACAUGCAGUGAACAUGAUAUUGGUCUUAUUGUUAGCAGUGCAUACCCAUUAUAGCGAUAGUGCGGCUAUUGUCAAUGGUCGUUACAAACCCAUGGAGCCAGCACUAGGUGAAGUACCUUUUCAGGUUUCUCUUUCAAUGCGAAUAAAUGGUUCUCACUAUCCAUUCUGCGGUGGUAGUCUCGUUCAUCCUAGAUGGGUUCUUACUGCAGCUCAUUGCCUUGAGCAAGAUGGAGAGCCAUUUCCACCACAUAUGAUGUAUGCAACAGUAGGAACCAUAAACAUAAACGGGAAAGGAGGGCAGAGAAUCAAAGUUGAAACGUUCAUCAUGAACCGAAAAUAUCUAGAAUCUGAUUCUGGGUAUGACAUUGGGGUCGUGAAGCUAUCAGCUAACGCAAAGCUAGGCAGAAACGUUAAGCUUAUAAAGCUCCAUGUCAACAAUAAAGAACCCUUAAUAGGAAGUACAGCUUAUUUAGCUGGGUUUGGCAUUAUUAAUGAUCGUUAUCAAGAACCAGUUAGAUUACGGAAGGCAGUUCUACACAUAGACUAUCCAAGCAAAUGUUUCGUCAACACUCCUGCAGACUAUCCGGAAAUAUGUUGCACGUCCACUCUCUCUGAGGGUAAAGCAUGUAAAGGUGAUAGCGGAGGUCCAUUGUUCAUAAUGCGAAAUGGAAGACAUAUACAAGUGGGCAUUACAAGUCACUUGGCUAUUCUACCAGUGUGUAUAGUAAAUUUCAACAACUCUGUCUACACAAGAGUGUCUGCGUAUAUUGGCUGGUUGCUGAGAGCUACUGGCAUUGAUUUCACCAAGUACAACCAAAACUAAUGUUAUUAAAAGGAUAUUUUGUGCGUUCAGUAUAAUGUGUUCGAAACUGUACUGAAAUAAAGUUGAGACCGAGCCAACCUGCUUGACGGUAUUUGUAUUUCAAUUUUGGUAAGCCAACUUGUUCCCCCUUCAUGAGCGGAAUUAUAAAAAGUUUGCCUGGGGAGGAGGCAGCGACACAC